UGAAAACAGUAAUACUGGAUAGCGCGGCGUCGUUCCUAGCAGGCUGGAAUGUCUCGAAACGCCUGGUGACCGUAUCCUGUAGCGCAGGUCUACAAAGCGGGAAUAAACUACACUAGUGACGGCUAAACGAUGACAUGACAGUCGGCUGGCUUUGCUAUAAAACCGGUCCAAGCAAACCGAUGGUCAUGAUAGCAAGUUUGCAUUUGUGACAGGGUAAUACAUUUUGGAGGGUCGAAUCUUUAUCACGACCCCCAUUUGUGUCGGGGGGUGGUAAACGCGGGUGUCAUUUCCGGACUGAUAGUGGAGCGGGACGUGGGUGCGAGGGGUUCGGUGAGCGGAACAGUAGCCGUGUCCGUACCGGGGCUGGUGGAGGACAGCAUGGUUGCGACAAAGGGAACCGGAAAGGCCGCCUCGCUGUUGCAGAACGAGCGUCUACGAUUCAUCGUCUGUUUCCUAGGGGUCUUCGUUUGUUAUUUCUACUACGGCAUAUUGCAAGAGACGAUCACUCGAGGACAGUAUGGUCAAGGCGAGAAGAAGGAGAACUUCAGAUAUGCCCAGACAUUGGUCUUCAUCCAGUGUGUCAUUAAUGCCUUGUUUGCGAAGAUCUUAAUCCUGUUCUUUGAGGGUUCUCGACUGGAUCACACCAAAAGUUGGCUAUAUGGAUUGUGUUCCCUGUCUUAUCUUGGAGCCAUGGUGUCCAGUAACUCUGCCCUGCAGUAUGUUAACUACCCCACACAGGUGUUGGGGAAGUCUUGCAAGCCCAUACCAGUGAUGAUCCUUGGUGUGACAAUACUGAAGAAGAAUUACCCCCUUGUUAAGUACCUGUGUGUGUUGUUGAUUGUAAGCGGUGUUGCUCUGUUCCUCUACAAACCCAACAAGAGCUCAACCGUCGCAGAUGACCAUUUAUUUGGUUUUGGUGAAAGUCUGUUGCUUCUCUCAUUAACCAUGGAUGGUUUGACUGGCGUGGCCCAGGAUCACAUGAGAGCUCGCUUUCAGACGAGUGCCAACCACAUGAUGUUGAACAUCAACAUGUGGUCCACUCUGGUGUUGGGACUGGCGGUACUUUGGACAGGGGAGGUGUGGGAGUUCCUGAGUUUUGCUGAACGCCACCCCAGCAUCUUCUAUGACAUUCUUCUAUUUGGGUUAACCAGCGCAUUGGGCCAGACCUUUAUCUUCAUGACAGUGGUGUACUUCGGGCCUCUUGCCUGCUCCAUUGUCACUACCACGCGGAAGUUCUUCACCAUCCUCGGUUCCGUCAUUCUGUUCAACAACGUCCUAAAUACCACGCAGUGGGUUGGAACAAUCCUUGUGUUUCUUGGUCUUGGUUUGGAUGCCGGAUUUGGCAAGACUCCCAAGAAGAUGCCACACUGAGACCUCUGGAGCACGUCCUAGAAUAACUAAAACAUUGCAGGUCAAAUGGACAGCGCUCGAUAGCCAGUAUCUUCUUUUCACAAAACAUAAUAUACAGGCAUAUAUGUCUACAAUUUGUAACAAUUUUAUAUUUAAUUUAACUGUGUCCAGGCCUCUUAGUUUUCAAGUCCACCCUGAAGUAUGUAAAAUUAUGUUGAAGACAUCUUGGGAUCAAAGCCUUGCUGGUUUUUGUUUGUUUCUAGGGAGGCAUCUGUUUUUACCACUUGGAACACAGGAUCAUGCUUUUUGCAAUUGAAUUCAGCCUGGAAGAAAGAACGUAGCGGGUAUUUCCUCAUUGUUUUGGAAGCCAGUUUUUUCUUCUGGAUGAGCGUUUGAACCAAACAUAACUUAAAAAAUACAUUUCCAGCAUUUAACUCAUGAACGCAUCACCAAGUUAUGCCUGUUUUAAUAACAUUUUACUUGGAAACUCAACCAGCUACAGAAAAUGUAAAGUUGACAUAUGUCAGAAAUGUAUAAUUAUCACACGUAGUUUAUUUUUUGGUAAACAGUCAGCCAUAUGUAUUCUUAUUAUACAAUAUAAACAAGUUGCUUAUCAAGGCCAUUAUGUCAACUUCAAUUUUACUGUCUUUAUUUUUCUGAAAUGACAAAUGGCUCAUCAUAAAAGGGAAAUUGUGAUAAUGUAAACCAUGUUCUGCCAGUUCUUGGUGAUGUUUUUUUCCAAGUGGAAUUAAGCCUAUAAUAACUUAAUGCACAUAUCAUCAGAUUGAUUGAAUGUUAUUUGAAUGGGGUAAUGUUUAUCUCAGUAACAAAACAGCAGCACCUCCUGUCUUCUCAGAUUUUGGAGUUAUCUACUUCACUUUGCCAGUUUAAAGGUCUCAUGUACAUUUUUUCCCCAGUAUUGGUUCAUCAAUGUCUGUGUGGUUCCAUGUGCUGAACACAGUUUAUCCUUGGUACAUGGCCACUGUGCAGCGUCUCUGUCCAUUGUCAUGGAACAGGCUGUAACGUGCAAUUGGGUGUGACGUCAGAACCAUGAAGAAUUCAAAACUGCGUGUUAAAUUAA